AUGAAUAUAGCGAAAGUACUCAUGUUCCCGGAAGAGGGCUGGGCUCGUAGCGCUUCGUCGUCCUACUGGACAUUGCAACCUUGCUGGUGGCGACGGACACGUUGCAAAGUCGUAGAAGUGGCUGGAACUAGAAGACACAGCACUCAAGCUAGGAUGGUAGUGAGUGGCGGUAAUGCAGUAUAUAUCGUAGGCACAUUUAAACAUCUUGGAACUGAUGCUGAUUUUAAGUUGUAUCUAACUACAAACGUGACACAAGCUGACUUCAACAUGGGUUAUACAAUGACAGGGACAUUGGAGAGGGGCUGUCGCUCCACCAACAACUUCCAGAUGACCCAUUUUGCGGUGCUGCGGAGGUGCGACCACGAAUCGCAUCACCUGAAAUCCUCUUAG